AGAGCUCGAGCAUAUCACUCAGUACAAUCUCCUGUUUUGUAUUGCUAGCAUUUGUUAAACCCACCGCUACGCUGCGCAACCCUGCGUGAAAACAUCUGAAGCGGGUGGUAUAUCCUCCUUAUACCGUCUUUCAGCAUCAUUUAGAGAAUAAAAGCAUAGAAAAGUUCCUGGAUUAAUGCAGAAUUAGCACAAAGCAGAGACGCCACCUCAGCCCAACGUUCCAACUAGCAGAGAGAGGAAACGAAUGAGGGAGAAGCAGUUUGCACCAGAAACUAAGACAGAUACCCCAGCAGCUCAAGACGAGUUCCAGAGAGCACAGAGAGAGGCCAGGACGGGCAUCCUUCCGAAAAGGGGACCCACGCUGAAGAGAGCUUCAAAAGCAUGGCGGAAAAACAAUUUUCUGGCAUAUUGAAUGGAGCAGUUCCAGGAGAGCCAGUAAAGAAAGAUGAAAACUCCAGAAGGGGAAACUGGGGCAACCAGAUUGAGUUUGUCCUCACCAGUGUUGGCUACGCUGUGGGGCUGGGAAACGUCUGGAGGUUUCCUUACCUCUGCUACAGGAAUGGAGGAGGUGCCUUCAUGUUCCCAUACUUCAUCAUGCUGGUGUUUUGUGGCAUCCCUCUGUUCUUCCUGGAGCUCUCCUUUGGGCAGUUUACCUCCCUCGGGUGCCUGGGAGUCUGGAAGGUCAGCCCCAUGUUUAAAGGUGUGGGCUAUGGAAUGAUGGUGGUCUCUACCUACAUUGGGAUUUACUACAAUGUGGUGAUUUGCAUUGCAUUUUAUUACUUCUUCAUGUCCAUGACAAACCUGCUGCCCUGGACAUACUGUAACAACCCCUGGAACACCCCAGACUGCACUGGAGUGGUGGGCACUCCACGAGCUAAUGCCACCUUCGCCAAUGUGUCUGCUGUUGUGUCAGGGUUGACUGAGAUAGUCAACCGCACCAAAAGGACCAGUCCUAGUGAAGAGUACUGGAGGAACUAUGUGCUGAAUAUCUCUGAUGGUAUUGGGAACUUCGGAGAGGUGCGUCUACCUAUCCUGGGCUGUCUGGCUGUGUCAUGGGUAGUUGUGUUCCUCUGUCUUAUUCGAGGAGUCAAGUCAUCCGGCAAGGUGGUGUAUUUCACAGCAACCUUCCCUUAUGUGGUGCUGACCAUUCUUUUCAUCAGAGGAAUCACUCUUGAGGGAGCCAUCAGUGGUAUCAAAUACUAUUUGACCCCUCAGUGGGAGAAAAUUCUAGAUGCCAAGGUAUGGGGGGACGCUGCCUCUCAGAUUUUCUAUUCGCUGGGCUGUGCCUGGGGUGGCCUUAUCACCAUGGCAUCAUAUAACAAGUUCCAUAAUAACUGUUUUAGAGACAGUAUCAUCAUCAGUGUAACAAACUGUGGUACCAGCGUGUAUGCUGGCUUUGUUAUUUUCUCCAUCCUGGGAUUUAUGGCUAAUCAUCUGGGGGUGGAUGUGUCAGAGGUGGCUGAUCAUGGGCCUGGCCUAGCAUUUGUGGCCUACCCGGAGGCCCUAACAUUGUUGCCCAUAUCACCGCUCUGGUCCCUGCUUUUCUUCUUUAUGCUCAUUUUAUUGGGCCUGGGCACUCAGUUCUGUCUGCUGGAGACUCUGGUGACAGCUGUAGUUGAUGAGAUUGGAACUGACUGGAUUAUCAAAAAUAAGACCUAUGUCACGCUCGGAGUCGCCAUAGUAGGAUUCCUCCUAGGAGUGCCGCUGACCACACGGGCAGGAAUAUACUGGUUGCUGCUUAUGGACAACUACGCUGCCAGUUUCUCUCUGGUCGUCAUCUCUUGCAUCAUGUGUAUCUGUAUAAUGUAUGUCUAUGGUCACAAGAACUAUUUUAAAGAUGUGGAAAUGAUGCUAGGCUUUCCUCCUCCGCUCUUCUUCAGGAUCUGCUGGAAAUAUGUGUCUCCUUUCAUUAUUACUUUCAUUCUGAUUUUUACCGUGAUACAGUACAAGCCUAUUACCUACAAUGACUAUGUCUACCCAAGUUGGUCGUUGAUCAUUGGGUUUGCCAUGGCUUUGUCUUCAGUCAUCUGUAUACCAAUCUAUGCUCUGUUCAAGAUUGCUGUGUCUGAAGGAUCCACAUUUUUAGAGCGUUUGAAGAACUCCGUGAAGCCCGACCCGGACUGGGGUCCAGCUCUCCAGGAGCACCGCAAGGGCCGAUACGCCACUACAGGCCCCGAAUCUGUGGAGGUGCGCCCUCUCAAAGAAGAGCUGAAGGAUGAGGGGAAAGAGAAACUCAAGGAGAAAGAGACGGAGAAAAAGGAUGAGAUCGGUUUGACCAUCCCAGGAAGCAACGGCUCCACACUAAACCCCACACCCAGUGCAUAGAGGAGCCCCUCCCCACCCUCCCCCCAGGACAGUUCCCAUUCCCAUACUGCGGGACAGGCCACGCUCGCUGGAGACCUUUACAUAUUGUAAGGGCUUUAUGAAAUCUAACCUCUAGAGAAAUUGGUUGUCAUGCAAAACCUUUUUCUUUUACGUUCGCAUAAUUUAAUACUGCAGUUUUUUUUAAAAGACCAGAAAAAAGGACAUGUUCAUAUACAGGAGGUGUUUGCAUACACGCAGUGUAUAUAGCGCAUUGUACAAUAUUUUCACUCUGUGUUGAGUAGUCUGGAUAUGUGACUGUAGCGGCAGCAGGAGCUACAGUGGGAUUUGGCUUAUGUGUGUACGUGUGUAUAGUGGUGGCAGUGCUGGUCAGGUUUAAUAGCUGAAGACCAAAUAUUCUUUGUGGCAAUGUUGUAAUGGCACUGUUAAGGGGGGGUGUUAUUUUCACUUUCUGUUUUAUAGCCAUUUUCUUGUUUGGGAACCAUCUCAUGGCCAAUGCUGGUUGGUGUUCAAUGUAAUGCCAGUAUAUGAUACAAUACAUGGUAAAUGAGCUUUUAACACUGUAUUAACUCCAGAUCCACCUAAAACUACAAAACAGAACAUGUCUAUUAUCAAUUGACUAGACUACCAGUAAAUUUUGGAGCUAACACUUUCGUUAAUCAGUCAAGUAGACUAGCUGAUACCAAUAAAUAAGCAUAGGCCAAGAGAAUAUCAACUUUAUUUCCAAUUAAGUGAGAGCACAAUACAAAACAAAGGAUAUUUGGUCUUAAGCUCUUACUGACUGAGGUAUCUGGACCGAGGCAUAUAACUUCUCAAGCCCAUUCUCAGGGUUACACACAGUUUGUUUUUUUUGCUAAACAUUUUCCAACACCUUGAGAUGCUGAUUUUAAGAAUUUGACACGAAGGAGAGGGGUUUUCAUGUAGGAACUUCCACAUGAAAUGCCGAAUCUGUCUAGUCUUCCGGGCAUCUCGAGCUGAGGCACCUCCUGAGCGAGGGGAGCAUGUGUGCGAUAACAGAAGCAGCUAGUUUCUCAUUAGAUUCAGUACUGUAGUAUGCACACUAAUCCUGCUCUACACGGAAAAAGAGGCAUGUUACCAAAAACGUGCACAAACCUUUGUGUUCUGAUUUAGUUGGUAUGUGUAUUUUUUUGUUGUCUGUGUUAAGAGACUUGAACUAGUGUGUGUGUGUGUGUGUGUGUGUGUGUGUGUGUGUAUGUGUCAUUUAAAGGCAUCUGGCUGUGCUGAACUGAAUGGUCGUGUCAUUGAACACUGAAAUAAGGGGUAAACGUAGCAUUAGUCAAAAUCACUGUGGUUAAUGGAAUUGUUGGAGAAGCCAGUCUUUUUCCCUCGUAUUGUAAAAUACCAUGAAAUAGACUUGUGAGACAAAUAAAAGACCAAACCAUCCAAUCUACACAAUAGAAACCACAGCAUUUUUUGGUAAUAUGGUGCAUUUUGUUUCGUUUUGGUUUUGUAGGCAAUAGAGAGGGGAAGAUACUGGAUAGAUGGAUUAUAUGGUUAUAUAAUGGUCAUAUUGUUGGUAUGGUUAGAUGCCAAACGUCAUUUCAUUCCAGUGACAUUUCAACAAGGCCCCAUUACUUAUGAUGCAUGCGGUUGUAGUGGCACAUAUACAUGGAUAAAGAUUCCUGGUUACACUGUGAAUUUGUCUGGGAUGUUACCUGACAAUGCAGCUGCUAAUGUGCUGACGCAUCAUGUAGUGAGAUUUGUGAUUAAACAUUGAAUCGCUGUAUAUAGUCAAAGUAGUUUAUCUGGUAUUUCUCUCCUGUGUUAUGUGAGAAGAAAUACAAUAUGAGAUGUGCUCCAUCAUUCUGAGUCGGAAAGAGGUGAAGAACGUCUCGGUUAUGUAUGCCAACCCUCGUUCCCUGAAUGAGGGAACGGAGACGUCACGUCUAAUGAACGACGAAUUGGGAUGUCAACUGAAAGGGAACGUCUCGGUUACGUAUGGUAACCGUCGGUCCCUGAAGGAGGGAACGGAGACAUCAUGUCGGAUGACUGACGAAUUGAGAUCCCAAUUCGUCGGUCAUCCGACGUGACGUCGAGAGUGACCGACUGAAAGGGAAAUGUGAUUAUAAGCAAAAAAAAAAAAAAAAAAUUGCUUUUUUUCAUUCAUUUUGAUAAUACAAAGUCCCGGCUUUCAAAUUAGCUUCAUUUUAUUAUGAAAUUCUAACACAUUACUGAUUGCUACAGCUGCCUCAGUUUAAAAGGCAGCGUGGAGCACGAGUGAACCAAUCAACGUUUUCUUUACUACUGGUUAUGGCACAAAAAAAAAACAAAUGAACAUCAGAAAGAUGCCGAAUGUGUCAUCUCUAAUGUAAUCGUGUAUCAAUCGCGAAAAGACGUGAAUAAAACAACUUGUGAACAAUGUCACCUGCCGUUACGUUUACCUCAGGAAAGUCAUUGUCAAUUGCUCGAGGGGAAAAAAAAAACAUGAAUAUAUGAAAAUCGUAACUAUAUGCACCCUAAAUGCAUUAUACGUUACUUAACAUGGUAUUGAUAUCUUAAAGUAUGCUUGAGCAAAUCACCAGAUUCUAUCAAAAAAAAAUGCAAAUUGUUUGGAAUUUAAUUGUUAGGAAUUUUCUCUAGUUUUUGUGGCAGCGCCAUUUAAUUACAUUUCCACAAAGGAUCAUAAACGAUUUUUUAAAUAUUUUUGAAAGCUUUCUUAUAUUUGUUUGAGACUUUUUCUUUCAGUGUAUAAAACUCAAAAUGAUGGAGCAUGUUACAGAUAAACUCUGUAUUCAAAAACCUGAUGGCAUAAUAGUCUGCAUCUUUGUUAUAUGUACAUUUUUAUUAAUUUCUGCAUGAAGGUAUGAUAUAUAUAUUUUUAAGAUUUUAUCCAAAAAUAUACAAAACACAAUCUAACUUUAAGAAGAGAGAAGAAUAAAAGUAACCCUGCUGCCUAACAGAAGGUAUCGUACACUCAGGGGAGUAGUUAGAGGUUCUUUGGUCUUAGCACAACCAUACCUAAAGGUCACACACUCUAGCUUUUCCUCUGUUAGACAAUUAGUGCAGUAGAUUAGAGCAGCAGUUUAGGUGUCGGGAGACUAACAGCACUUUACUGGUUCACUUUAGCUGGCGAUGUGCGCGGUAGCUACAGUAUGAUUAAUCGCUGUCGGAAAUAUGAAUGCACAAGAUUGAAGCCCUCUCAUUUUUCUUAUGUGUGUCUCUCAGACCUUGAACGUGGCAUGAAGACCAUGUGUCUGUCUCUAGGUACUGCAAUGUGAACAGAUCUAGAUAUUGACCUUGACAUGCAAACUCUUUAUAACAAUAGACAUGUUAUGCAUCAGUGCCAUUCUUGCACUGUUCCCCACCUCUGGUCCUCUUUCUCUAAUGUACAGUAAUGUAAAAAACAAAACAACAACUGAUGUGUAUGUUUGUGUUUUCUGUUUUUAUCAGGGUGGGUUGCUGUAGUGGGAUUUAUUUUUAGUUGUUUUUACAUUAUUUCUUAUGGUAACGUAGCUACUGUUAUGUGUACAGUGUUCUGUGUAGUGGACAUUCAGCUGCUGAGUCAAACCUAGUUCAUGUUAGUGUCACUAUUGAUGUCAAGUAAUUUUAAUCAGUCUGUAAUUAUCUGUUUUUGCCAUUUAACAAACAGAAUCUACCUUUGUAAGAGAUUUUUCCUUUUUAUUUUUAUAGUACUAAAACUGUAUUUUAUCACCAGUUGUAAUCAUUUUUAGCUAUGUUCAGUGACACUACAUUUUAUUUCUAUUUUCCCCACUAAACCUCUUUAAGUCAGCUGAUCUCAAACACAUUGCCAAAUUAAGGCUUUGGACUGAAACUUGAAAAAUUCAGGAAUGCUUUUUACAGCAGCGUCUGGUCAAAUAGAAACCAUUUAUUGAUGAAGAAGGACACAGUCUAAAGCCAGCAAUGUUAUAUCUUCAUCUCAGUAUUGUACAUGUGUAUUUGUAGUGCUGCAAACCCUUUAAGAACAUUUCUGUCUGCCUGUGAUCCAGUUUCAUUUAUUAUGCACAAUGUAAAUGAAACAGAGAAAGCACAUUUGAUUGCCUGGAAAGAAUGUUUUAACACGUAGUCCGAUGUUUGAAUAUUUUCGAAAUGCAUUUGAAAUGAUCAAAACAGAAUUAAUAUUUUCUGAAUUUUAUUUGGGUAGAAGAACCGAACACUUUUUAAGCGUACUUUGCUUCUAAUUUGAAUUGGCUCUCAAACUAUAUUUCACAGUUUCUUAGUGUAAAUUUAAUUGUGACUGCAUACACUUUGAAAUGACAUGACAGGGUUGUGUUUAGAACAAACAAAACAGAAAUACUAGAAUUCAGUGGAAAAUAUGUACACACAUACCUCUCGGUCCAAGAUGGAAAUAUCCACUGAGCAGUUUUGUGGCUGUAUUACAACUAUAAAAAGAAUCGGCAUAUCUCAACUGAAACUGUUUUGGUUAAUGAAAUGUUUAUUCAAAAGCAUGUCAUGUAUUUUCAUGUUGUUACGGCACUUUAAAUAUAUAUGUGUUUGAAAAGUACAAAAGCACCCGAAAGUACAAAAUUGCAAAAAAUAAAAUCUUUCUCUCCCUGUACUGCAUCCUAAAAGAAGCAAUGUCUUUACAAUAGUGUGUGUGUGUUCUUCAGUGCUCAUGGCAAUAUAUUAGUGAAGUAGAAUGACAAGCACAAUGACAUGAGCUUCAAACAUAUCUAACCAUGUCUUUUCAAUUUUAGGGCCAAACAGCAUUGAAAUUGUCUUAGUAAUGUCAGCUGUAAACUGUUCAAUUUGAAAUGGUAAAUAAAGUUUAUUUUAAAGAUCA